AUGGUUCCCAAUCCGAGCGAUGGGACCUGCUGCACAGCAACUUGCUCGAAGACUGCUUGCCCUGCAGGCUUCGAGACACGCCCGGAAAACGCCAACAAGGACGCGCGGGAAGUGGAAUGCUGCGAGCCCCUUUGCAGCUCGCACUCCUGCAGCAGCGGCUGGGUUCCUGAUGAGACCAGGGCAGAGCGGGUGGGCAACACAGAUCAGGAGUGCUGCCGGAGGACGUGCAAGGAAUACACUUGCUCUGCCGGCUGGGCGACAAAUCCAGCAGCUGCGAACAAAAUUGGUGUUGACGACGAAACUUGCUGCUCGAAGACCUGUGCGCAGUUUCAGGAGCAAUGUACUGGAGACUAUGCGCCAAAUGGCGCGACGAAUAAUACAGUUGGUCAUACUGCGGAGAAGUGCUGCUCCAAGACCUGUGCUUUAUACUCCUGUGGCACGGGCGUCGUCAUUCCCAAGGGCCAGAGUGUUGUUGGAAGCUCGGACGAGCUUUGCUGCGAAGACAGCCGCUGCCCGGCAAUGCGCAACAUGACGAAGAUCGAAAAAUGCAACUCGUUGGGCGAGGACGUUUGCUCCAAGCACUUCGUCGAAAGGAAGAACACCAUCACCAACAAGACAGAUGCCCUUGCUUGUCAAAUGACUGCUAUCAGCCAAUGCGGGUUGGGAGACCCUCUUGAAGUCCUCCCGGCGGACUGCGCGGAGUAG